AUGCGAACGCCAAAGCAUGGUCAAUUCAUCAGCCACGUAAUCGAGCAACUGUGGUUUCUGGCGGCAUGGCCUCCUUGCAGCCUUGCAGGUUGGGGUUGGACGAGUCUCGCAGUGGGGAAGCCCAGCAGGCACUGCCAGGCAGAGACCAUUCUCAGACACCUUCCUCUCAGCGCCGCAGCGGGUGUCUCGUGCCUUUGUGAAGAGGCCGAUCAGUUCACAUACCGUUAUCCAUCAAGCGCUGUUUGGCCAAUGAACAAGGGAGGCCAUGCUGGGUUCCUUGUGAUGCCCGAUGCCCGGCGCGCACCGCCCGCUCCUCGCAUUCAAUCAUGA